AUGAACCGAUUGAGUGCUAUUACAGAGACGUUAGUGUCUCGCAGUGAUGGUAGUCAUGCUACUCAUAUCUCAACCAUCACAUUGGGCGCUGCGGUAGUCUGCACUGUGUGGUACGCCGCAGUCUCCCUGGUUUGCGCCGUGGGCUAUACUCAGUUGAGACGCCACUAUUCGCAUCCUCCACCAAAGCCCACAGUCUCCAAUUCAGAUGCACCACAUGUCAGCAUCAUUCGACCCGUCAAAGGCCUCGAGCCCAGCCUCUACCAAUGCUUGGAGUCGACCUUCCUCCAGGAGUAUCCAAAAGACAAAUUGACAGUCUUUCUCUGCGUCGCCGAUCGCGAAGACCCCGCCUUCCCUGUCCUGCAGCAACUCAUCAAGGACAAUCCGACUUUCGAUGCACAUGUAUUGGUUGAAGAGGAAGAUCCCGAACUACAAGGAAGCGAUGCAGACACAAGACUUGGUCCCAAUCCCAAAGUCAGAAACAUGAGUCGGGCAUACAGAGAGGCUAAAGGAGAUAUCGUAUGGAUCAUCGACUGCAAUGUCUGGGUCAACAGGGGCGCUUGUGGAAGAAUGGUCGACACGCUGAUCGGCAACAGAGGCAUCAAGAACAAAUUCGUCCAUCUUUUGCCAUUGGUCGUCGAUAUUGCGGGCACACCCGUCCCAGAGAGUGCGCAGAGUCUCCUACAAGGCCGCGACCCUGACAAUAACUUCCGAGUCGUCUCUACUAGUACCGCUGGCCACCAACUGCGGUCGUCCAACAGUGCAUCCUCGGAUAUCCUGAGCGAAGGCGGCGGAAGGAUUGAAGAAUUGUUCAUGUCUUCAGCACAUGCAAAAUUCUACACAGCCAUCAACACUGUCUUGAUUGCACCUUGCAUCGUCGGCAAGUCGACCAUGUUCCGCAAAUCCCAUCUCAACAGCCUCACCAACGGACAAGGUAUCGAUUUCUUCUCCGAGAACAUCUGUGAGGACCAUCUCAUUGGCGAUUUACUCUGGAAAGGAAAGAUACCAGAAGAAGAGCGCGGCGAGAAAUGGGGCAAGCAUGCUCAAGUAUUUGGUGAUUUGGCUAUUCAGCCCAUGGCUGGUAUGAGUGUAGCCGAAUAUAUUGCUCGCCGAAGCAGAUGGCUCAGAGUGAGAAAGUUUACCGUCACGUUGGCGACUUUGGUCGAGCCCGGCACAGAGAGUUUCUUGUGUUCGUUGUAUGGCGCUUUCGCCUUCACAACGCUUCCAUUAUUCCAUGACAAGCUCGGUAUACCUCAGACAUGGACAGCCUUUGCUUUGUUCUGGAUUUGCAGCGUGUGCACAUGGUGUUAUAUCGACUGGACACUCUACUGCAGAUUACAUUCUUGCGCAUCGGUAGAAGUCGACGAGAACACACCAGCAUUCGCACGUCCUCCGAGGGGUGGCAGACGUCGACCUUUUCUGGUUUGGCUAGCUGCUUGGCUUGCUCGUGAGGCUUUAGCGCUGCCCAUCUGGACAUGGGCGGUCUAUGGAGGCGUCACGGUAGUCUGGAGAGGCAAGAAGUUAUGGGUUGGUAUGGAUAUGAAGGUUCAUCAGAUCAAGUCUGACAGCACUUCUGCUGGGAGUACAAUAGAUGCUUUAAAAGCAAGGACAGAUUAG